AUGGGCAGCCCCGUCCGGACCGAUUCAUUCUUAGCCACCCGCGAGCGGAGAUUCCGCGUACCGGCCUCCCUGCCCGUUCCUCGUGCACGCGGAACGGUGUCGGCAAUUAGUCGGGCAUCCAUAGCGGCCGGACCCUGCAACCGAUACGGGUCCGAAUACCGACGGCGUCUAGCCUUUUUGCCCGACACCGCGCCGCCUCGCCAGCUGUCGGCGCGUUUGUUGGAUGUAUUACGCGCGGUCGACGGAAGCGCUUUACGCGUGGCUGCGCAGCGGCCGCGAAUGCGGCGCUGCUAUCGCGACGGCAGCAAAAAGCGGCUGCGAGCGCUUCCCUCGCUGUGCACCGUACCGGAUAGAUCGAUGUUAACGAAUAGCGAUUUGGCGUGCGCUGUCGAGCCGCCAUCGGGAUGCCCGACACGUACGCUCCUCCACAACGGGCCGUCCCCGAGGCGGCUUAGCGAGGAAUUCUUCAAUAUCCUCAACCCCUCCCCCCGAGCUCCCCACCUUCCCCCCGCGAGGAAUCCGCGUGUGUCGAUGCCGUUAGCUCAAAGAGUUGUGGAGGUGAAGAGAGUGGACGCACUAGGCGCGCGGAGGCAAGACGUCCCCCGCGACAGAUGGCGGGGCCGCAUGCUCCCUUUUCAAUUGCCCCUCUCCCGGCUCAUCCACCCGGGGUUUUUUCGACCCCCUCGCCGCCGUUGCCGCUCCGCAUUGUCCGGGGUGAGCCCGAGCUUCGCCCGGAACUCGCAUUGCACCGGGGCGGAGCGGCCCACGGCGCUCCGACUGUGCGAAUGCGCCUCGCGAUCAUCUGGGAGCAUUGUGACGGCAACGCGGGGAUUAGGCGUGGUGCUGAUCGUAGCGCGGCCUAAUGAACCGCGCGUUGUC